UUGCUCACAUGGACACACCGUUAGCGUCGCCGAAACAAGUAGUUAGCUAGUCAUGGAAGAUUUAGUUUACGAAUGCAUUCCGUUUGUUUUGGGCUUAGCUUCAAUAUUCUUUGCAUACUUAUGGUACAUUCGUCAGUCAAAACAGCCUGAAAAGCUGGAAAUUGAUGCUGAACCAUGCAAGGAAGAGGAUCCCAAAGAAGAAGAAUUUGAACCAACCUCAAAAAAUGCAUUAAAGGGAAAGAAAGCAGCACCAAUAAAGCGAAAAGAAGUUAAAGAUACAUAUUCUCAUCCAUGGUUGUUAUGUAGUUUAAAAGGUCACAGUGGACAAAUUUUGGACUUAGAUUUUAGCUCUAACGGUAAACAGUUGGGAUCAUGUGCUGAUGAUCGUUCUGUGAUGUUAUGGAGUGUGAAAACCUUUGCUGAAAAAAAUCACAGAUCUGUCCGAGCCAAUGUUGAAUAUGAUCAUGCUACUCGUAUUAAAUGGAGUCCUGACAGCAAAGCAUUCAUAAUUUCAGCAGCAUCUGCUAAUACUAUUCAAGUUUACAAAGUUGGGAAAAAAAGUGAUGGUACCCUUGGAAAUAUUGAGCCAAUAUUAAAGUUUCCAGAAGCACAUAAUGCAGAUAUUAUAAAUAUUGGCAUUGCAUGUAAUGGCCAUUUCAUUAUGAGCUGCUCAUCUGACACAACAAUUAUUGUAUGGGAUUUAAAAGGACAAAUACUUGCUACAGUUGACACAUUGCACAUCAACAACUAUUACGCUUGUGUUUCUCCAUGUGGAAGGUUUAUAGCAUCUUCAGGUUUUACACCUGAUGUUAGAGUAUGGGAAGUAUGCUUUACAAAAACUGGAGAAUUUAAAGAAGUAAAAAGAGCUUUUGAAUUAAAAGGGCAUACAUCAGGAAUUCAUCAUUUUAGUUUUUCCAAUGAUUCAUCUAGGAUGGUGACAUUUUCAAAGGAUGGCACAUGGAAAUUGUGGGACACGAAUAUUGAGUAUAGUAAAGGACAAGAGCCUUAUCUUUUAAAAACAUGUAACCAUGGCAUAAAUGCUAAGUGCAUAACAGCAUUGUCACCAGAUGGUAGGACCAUCGCUCUAGCACCUAUAACUUCAUCUGAUCUCUAUAUAUAUUCUGCUGUGACUGGAGAUUUUCAAGUGAAACUAGAAGAAAUUCAUUCAGAUCCUAUACGAGCUUUACUGUUUUCUCCUGAUGGGCAAUAUUUAAUUGUAGCAGCAGGAAAGCAUAUAAGGAUAUUUCAUAAUAUACCUGGCUAUAAGAAUAAAAUUUUAGGUUAUGAAGAAGCAAAGAAAAAUGCAACAAAUGCUACAAUGAAAGAACGUCUGCAAAGUCAGAUAGAAGAAGCUAAGGACAUCUUGCGAAACUUUGGAGAAAACUAAUAUUUUUGUAUACUUUUUAUACAAAUCAUCAUUGUUAAAAUAUUUUAAAGCUAAAAAUAAAUACAUCUCAACUAUUUAAUAAAUCAUUCCAGUUUUGUGCCAUUUUUCACCUUUACCAAAGUAAUAAGAGUACAAAAAUGUAAAAUAUAUAUUUUUAACAUGGCAGUGAGUGUUUGAGGUGUUUAUUUUUUGUAUUUCAGUUUAAUUGCUUUUCUUCAGUUUCGUGAAAACGAUGUUUAUUUCUAUAGCUCCUAUUUCCUUUUUCAUAUGAUUGCUUUUUUGCCUUGCCAUUUCUAAAAUUUAUUUAAAAAUCUGAUUUAUAACAUUAUUUUAAAAAUUAAAUAAAUGUAAAACCCUCAGAACUGAUUUAUCUAGAAGUAAUUUAAGUAAUUGCUUAGAAAAAUCAUAAAUAAUUGCUGAGAUUUAAUAAAUACUGUGGCUUUAAUUGCUUUUUCAUACAGAAUUAAAAUAUUUGAUAGGUGAAAUUGAAUCUUGGAAUUGGGAGAAAAUUGAAUCUUCAAAUUUACAUGGUGUAGAAAAAAUUAGAAACCUUGCGCCUUUUUAUGUAUAACGUGUACUAUAAAUUAAAACUUGAUUGAUCUGAUUAAGUUAAAACUUGGUCUAAUUGCUAUACUAAAUUAUACAACUUUAAAAUUUGAUGGGAAGCAUGUGAAAUUUUGAUUUAAUUUUGUAUAUUCCAUUUAUCCAUUUUUUUAAAGAGUUAUUUCAAACCAUAAUGAAACUUUUUUUUGUAAUUGUGUGUUGUGCUCGACUGUGGUAAAUGUUUUAAUACACUAAAGUGUUAAAUCUGUCUCUCUAGUCUUUGAUCAAAUCUUUGCCAGUUAUAAAAUUAAUGCAGUAUACAUUUUUAAAGCACUUUUUUUAAUUUAAAAACCUUAAACUAUUAUUAUUGGCACUGCAAAAGUUUAAAAAGUAACUUGUUCGUAUAUAUUUUCCCCUACUUUUUUAAGCAAAUUGUUGACUUUAUCGUAAAUUUUGCCGUGUUGUGUGCAUAUUUCCCAUUUUGCUUUGAUUUUUUGAUUAAAAAAAAUAUUUGAAAAUAAUUUUUUCCAAUAAAGGUGUAUGUCAAAUAA